AUGUUGAAACUUCUCGUCUUUUUCACACUUGUCAUAGUGGUUUCAAGUAUCAAGUUCCAAUUGUCAGCUCAAAAUGUGAUCGUAAAUAUGCAUAAUACUCUUCGAAGCAAAAUUGCGAAGGGAACCUAUGUUGCAAAAGGAACACGUCAUGGUCCAGCUACAAAUAUGCGAGUUCUCACUUGGGAUAACACUUUGGCAGCACAAGCUGAAAGACAUGCGAUGUCUCAACAAAAAGGACAUUCAGCUGGAUGUCGUAAUGGACAAUACGGUGAGAAUAUGUGGUGGUAUUUCAGUCCAACGCCAAUUUCAAAUGUCAAUGAAUAUGUUGCAAAAGCUUGUGCUGGUUGGGAAAGUGAAUUUCAAGAUUAUGGAUGGAGGAAUGCUAAUGAUCUUGAUGGUAGAAUUCUACAUGCUACUCAGAUGGCUUGGGCUUCAAGUUAUCAGAUUGGAUGUGGAGGUGCGAUUUAUCGAGAGGGAAAAUGGAAUAAGGUUAUGAUUGUUUGUCAAUAUAAGGUUAAGGGAAAUAUGCAUGGAACACCGGCUUAUAAAUUGGGAAGAACUGCGAGUGAUUGUAGAUUUAAGACAGGGCAAGGAUUGUGCUCGAAAAUGUGA